CCGCACUCAAGGGCGAAGGGAAACAUGCUAGUGUGGGUGUGUUAUAACCAGGGAGCGCCCGUCGCCGUCGAGGUCGAGGACGAGGCCAAAGUGUGCGACCUGAAGCGAGAGGUCGGAGGUCGUCUGGGCGUCCAAUCAGAUCGUCUCCGGGUCCUGUUCGCCGGGAGAGAGCUGCUCAACGGCGCCACACUCAGGAGCUGUGACCUCCCGGAGCAGAGCACGGUUCAUGUGGUUCUUCCCCGGACUAACCCAAGACCGCCGGACCAGGAUCUAAACCGGGAACAAAACCGGGGGCCGGUCCAGGGUGCGGUCCGGGAUCUAAACCAGGACUACGUGAGUCUGACCCGAGUGGACCUGAGCCCUCCUGAAGAGAGUCCAGAGUCCGGAGACGGAGCGCAGGAGCUGAGAGCCGAGGAGGAGGGGCAGGGAGGACGUAGUUCAUUCUUCGUCUUCUGCAAACGCUGUGGAGGAGUGAGGGAGGGGAAGCUCCGAGUCUGCUGUAAAACCUGCCAACAGUCCACGCUCACGCUCACACAGGGCCCCUCCUGUUGGGACGAUGUGCAGACUCCGGGUCGGAUCAGAGGAGUUUGUCUCUCAGACGGCUGCAGCGGAGGAGACGCGGAGUUUUUCUUCAAAUGUGCGUCUCACCCGACCUCUCAGGACGACCGCUCCGUGGCUCUGGACCUGGUCACUCUGAACAGCCGAAAGGUCCCCUGCAUCGCCUGCAUGGACGUCAUGGACGUGGUGGUGGUUUUCCCGUGCGCCGCUCGUCAUGUGAUCUGUCUGGACUGUUUCCGUGGUUACGCUCAGACACGACUAAACGAGAGACAGUUCGUUUACCACCAAGAGCUCGGAUACACGCUGCCCUGCCCUGCCGGUUGUGAAAACUCUCUGAUCAAAGAACUGCAUCACUUCAGGAUCAUGGGGCAAGAACAGUACGACCGUUACCUUCGCUUCGGGGCGGAGCAGUGCCUUCUGGGGCUGGGCGGGCUGCUGUGUCCGGGGGCGGGCUGCGGGGCGGGGCUCGUGGCUCAGGGCCGGAGGGUGGAGUGCGACGUCCGAGCCGGGUGUGGCCUCGUGUUCUGCAGGGACUGUCGCCAGGACUACCACCAGGGGGCGUGUCCGACUGCGGAGGGGGCGGGGGCGGACGCUCAAGCCCCGCCCACAGAGCAGAGUUUCCCUGUGGACAGUGAGGCGUCUCUGCGGUCGCGUUGGGACAGAGACUCUCUGCUGUUUAUCAAAGAAUCCACCAAACCCUGUCCCCGGUGCGCCGCCCCAGUGCAGAAGAACGGAGGCUGCAGUCACAUGCGCUGCCCUCUGUGCCAUACCGAGUGGUGCUGGGUCUGUGCUGUGCCCUGGAACAGAGACUGUAUGGGCAACCACUGGUUUGAAUGAACUACAGUGUAAAACGAUCACAUGACACCACUCUGAAGUAAAAGUACUGCAUUACAUAAACCACUGUGUUUGAAUAGGACAGUAGAGGAUUUACCACUGCUCCCACAGACUCUAGAAAAGUCUAACUGAACGCACACACACCAACCAUUAUUUAACACUGACGUAACAAUAAGGGAAAUAUUGUGUUUUUUGUGUUUUCAAAAGUGUCACAACAUCGAAGGACAGUGACAAAAAAUAUCGUUAUUGCUGGGCUUCAGAUGACGUCACGUCGAUGUCACAAAAAAGCAGAUGGGAGUCAGGAAGUAAAGACAGACACAGAACCUGGUUUACCUCUGCUGACGCGGCGCCAAUAUGCCUAAAUUCUGUGCAGUCUGUGGUUGCUGCAGCCACUCUAAUUGGGAGAAAGACAAAGUUUUUUUGUGUACCGAAAGUGUUGUGUCACAAGUAGGGAUGGGCAUGAUUAAUCGAUUAAUCGAUAAUUGAUCAUUAAGAAUUUCAUCGAUUACGUUAAUUUUAAUCGACAAACUGAAUGUAGGUUGUUGUGUGUAGUGUGACCAAACAGGUGUGUACAUGUGUCUCUGCAUCAGAAGGAGCGAGACACAAACAGUGGGUCAGUCUGUAACGAACUGAAGCACAAAUGUGUAUUUAACGAUGAUUUGUACAAGAAAUUCCAGGCUUUCUGUUGUGUUCGGGACAAGUGUGAGUCCAUGUGCACAGUGUAUAAAGCAGCACAUAUGUUUCUGUGUCCAGUGGGAAAAAGUUUUUCCAGGUGAGAGUCGCUCAAUGUGGAUGACGAGUCCCCACCUCCCUCCCCCCGUACGCUGUCCUGGUUUUGACAAACACAAAUCUGGUCACACUAACCUGUAUUCACCUGAGUCAUGUCUUCUAAUCCGACAG